GGGUUGGAAAAUGAGAGAUUAAUGGAGAGCGGGAAGAGAGCAACAGAGGACUGAGAUGGGAAUGAAGAUCCGAUCGUGAUAAAUGAAGAGGGUAAAUCACGUCAUUUUUUAAAAUAAACGAGGACAAUACGGGCAUAUUGAAACAUUCCUUAAAGAGCUCCGCAUGCUUCCAUCCACAGCAGCUUUUAAAAGCAGCAUCUGAGCUGCUUCUAAAAACAGCUGCCAGUUUUCUGAAAAAAAGCACUUUUUUCUUGAUUUACCAAACACCUUUUCAUUCAGAAUUUUAAAAAUAAGCUGCUUCAAAGCAUCUGAGCCUUAAUGUGCGGAGCGACGACGGUUAGUUCUUGUCCAAUGUCCUAAAUGCAAUGCCUCCAAUUCAAUUGCUUGUCACUUUCAUAAACUGUGCCUAACAUUUAGAAAACUGAUUGCACUUGGAGGAGUAUACAGCAUGACGCGUUGAAUUUUUUGCUUCAGUGUAUAUCUUGUUCCGUCGUCUUUCUAGGACUUGUCCAUCUUCAUUCGUCUCCCUUGACUUUUCUCUGCUAUCUCCUCCAUGGUAUCUUGUGGUUCAAUCUCAGCCGGUCAUUUUCGACUGUGUUUCAUUUCUAGAACCAUGAAGCAUCCAACUUGUGUGCCAUUUGGUAAAUUCAACUCAACCAGAUACGAAUAUAAGAUGCCAUCCAACCCAUCCCAUUGCACAUACAACUUCGAAAGGCAAUAUGAAUUUUCUCCUUUCGUUCUGCUUUUGCCUCUGCGUUUCUCGUUUGCCCUCCUUCGCAACUCCAGCUGUGUUAUUUCAGGGGUUCAAUUGGGAUUCAAGUAAAAAAGGAGGAUGGUACAACUCCCUCAAGACCACCAUUCCCGAACUCACUAGCUCUGGAAUUACCCAUGUCUGGCUUCCUCCUCCUUCUCACUCUCAUGGAACUGAGGGAUACGACCCGGGAAGGCUAUACGAUCUCGAUGCAUCAAGCUACGGAAAUAAGGACGAAUUGAAGUCCCUGAUUGCUACUAUGCAUGAGAAGGGAAUCAAAGCCAUCGCUGACAUUGUGUUAAACCACAGAUCAGCUGUCAAACAAGACGAUAAUGGAAUAUGGAGCAUCUUUGAAGGUGGAACAGAAGACGGACGUCUUGACUUCAAUGCCUCAUUGAUCUGCAGAGAUGACAAUGACCAUCCUUUUGGAACUGGAAAUCCAGACACAGGGGACAACUUUCCUUACACUGCUGAUGUGGACCACACCAAUCCAAGGCUACAAACCGAGCUCUCUGAUUGGUUGAAUUGGUUGAAAACUGAUAUAGGGUUUGAUGGAUGGAGGUUGGAUUAUGUGAUUGGAUAUGGCUCCAGCUUCACCAAGCUCUACAUGGAAAAGACUUCACCAGAAUUUGCAGUUGCUGAGUAUUGGCGUGGGAACAUUUCAAAAGGGCAGGAUGGCAAACUUGACCAGAACCAAGAUGCACAUAGGAAUGAAAUAGUGAAUUGGAUCGAGGCUGCUGGUGGCGUUGUCACGGCGUUCGAUUUGACAACCAAGUACAUCUUGAAUGUUGCUGUGGAGGGUGAGCUAUGGAGGCUCAAGGAUUCUAAUGGAAAACCACCAGGUUUGAUUGGGAUCAAACCAGAAAGUGCUGUAACAUUUAUUGACAAUCAUGACACUUGGUCUCAGGGACUUUUGCCUUUCCCAGAUGACAAAGUCCUGCUUGGAUAUGCUUACAUUCUCACCCAUCCUGGGACCCCAAGCAUAUUCUAUGAUCACUUCUUUGACUGGGGGUGGCCAAAGGAGCCUAUACGCAAUUUGACUGCAAUUAGGGCAAGGAAUGGAAUAAAUUCCAGGAGCAGUGUGACUAUUUUAGCUGCCGAGGCUGAUCUAUAUAUGGCCAACAUUGAUGACAAGAUUAUCAUGAAGAUUGGGCCAAGAUUGGGCCUUGGAGACCUUGAUCCCACAAAGUCAAACUUCCACGUUGCCACCAGUGGACAAGACUUCGCUGUUUGGGAGAAAAAUUGAACUAGAAAGAAGAAAGCUUCCUGUACUUCUUCUUCUUCUUCUUCCUCCUCCCCAGCUUUAAAUUCCCUGAAUGUUAAAAGAGAAGCAAAUCAGAUUCAUACCCACUUGCUAAAAUCGGGUGUUGACCGAUUCAUGUAUGUGAGUACUGCUCUUCUUGAUUUGUAUAUGAAACUGGGAUGUGUUAGAAAUGCUCAUAGGCUGUUUGAUGAUAUGCCUGACAGAGACGUUGUCUCUUGGAAUGCGUUGAUUUGUGGGUUUUCGCGAAAUGGGUGUGAUUUUGAAGCGUUGAAACUCUUUGUUCAAAUGUGUAAAGAGGGAUUUUUUCCUCAUCAGACGACUUUGGUUAGUUUGGUUCCAUCUUGCGGUAGGCAAGAGUUGGUUUCUCAAGGGAAAUCUAUUCAUGGGUUUGGAAUUAAGGCGGGCCUUUAUUCUGAUUCUCAUGUGAAGAAUGCUCUUACCUCAAUGUAUGCUAAAUGUGCAGAUUUGGAGGCGGCAGAGCAUUUGUUUGAGGAGAUAGUUGAGAAGAGUGUAGUUUCUUGGAAUACUAUGAUUGGUGCUUAUGGACAAAAUGGCUUCUUUGAUGAGGCAGUGCUUGCCUUUAAACGAAUGCAAGAGGAAAAUGUUCCAGCCAAUCUGGUGACCAUGGUAAGCCUUCUGUCAGCAAAUGCCGAUCCAGAGUCUACCCAUUGUCAUGCCACUAAAACUGGUCUUGUCAAUGAUGCUUCUGUAAUUACUUCAUUAAUUUGCCAAUAUGCAACACGCAGGAACACAGAAUCCGGCAAACUUCUUUACAAGUCAUUGCCUCAGAAGAACUUGGUUUCCCUAACUGCACUUAUGUCAAGCUAUACUGAGAAAGGUGACCUGUUUCAGGUGAUGUCGUGUUUUGCUCACUUGCAGCAGUUAGAAAUGAAGCUUGAUGCAGUUGCUAUGGUUUGCAUCCUUCAUGGGAUGAAAGAUCCCAUGGACUUUCGUCUUGGACUUGCUUUUCAUGCUUAUGGGCUAAAGAGUGGGUUGAGUGCUGAUUCUUUGGUUGCAAAUGGGUUGAUAAGCCUGUACUCGAGGUUUGACAAGAUAGAAACUGCUUUCUCUUUACUUUCUGAGAUACAUGAGAAAACAUUGAUUAGUUGGAAUUCUUUGAUAUCGGGCUGUGUACAAGCUGGAAGGCCAAGUGAUGCCCUAGAGGUUUUUUUCCAAAUGAAAAUGUCUGGACACAGUCCAGAUGCCAUUACCAUCUCUAGCUUACUAUCAGGUUGUUGCCAGCUUGGGUACUUGCAAUUUGGGGAGAGGCUUCAUAACUAUAUCCUAAGAAACAAUCUCGAAGUGGAAGAUUUUGUUGGAACUGCUCUUAUAGACAUGUACAUCAAGUGUGGAAGAAUAGAGCAUGCUGAAAGGGUGUUUAAGAGCAUCGAAGAACCGUGCUUGGCAACAUGGAACUCAAUGAUCUCGGGUUAUAGCUUAUAUGGGUUAGAACAUGAAGCUCUUGCUUGCUUCUCAGAAAUGCAAAAGCAGGGGAUAAAGCCUGAUAAAAUAACUUUUUUGGGAGUUUUAGCGGCUUGUACUCAUGGAGGUCUUGUUCAGGAGGGAAGAAAACAUUUCCAAAUCAUGAGGGAACAGUUCAACAUGGUGCCAGAUUUGCAACACUAUGCUUGCAUGGUUGGUCUCUUUGGUCGUGCUGGCUUGUUCGAGGAGGCAUUAAUGUUCAUCAGAAAUAUGGAAAUGGAGCCCGAUUUCGCAGUGUGGGCAACCUUGCUGAGUGCUUGUUGCAUCCAUCAAGAGGUGAAGCUUGGGGAAUAUGUUGCCAGAAAGUUGUUUUUCUUGGACAGUAACAAUGGUGGAUUCUUUGUGUUGAUGUCAAAUCUUUAUGCGGUUAAAGGAAUGUGGGAUGAAGUAGCUAGGGUGAGGGAGAUGAUGAGAGAGAGUGGAGGGGAUGGCUGUUCAGGAAUUAGUGUUAUUGAGAUGACUUCAUUGGAAGACAUGAAUGUAAACUUAAGCUCGAGCAAGUCUAGUUUGAAUGCAAAUGCUUGGCAACCUCUACUCUCUCUAUAUUAAUCGCUAGUCCUGACUCCUGAUUACGGUCAUUUC